UUGAACUUUGUUCUCUCAUCGCUAUGUUCAAGUCGGAAAAUGUGUGAUGGUGAAGUAUUUUACCACAUUGCAGAUAAAAACGGUUCCGGAAGAUUACGAAAACUACAAAAGAUAUUGUAAUAUACGAUGAAUUCUUUAAUUCACACAAAAACAAUGAUGUUCAGUCAUAGGACUGCACUUCGCCAGUAUUGCUGCUUGAAAUUUUGGUACAAUACCAAUCAAAAAAAUGGUAGCUUGGCAUUUAUCUAUAUGGGACAAAAUGAUCCUAGAAAUGAUAGGCUAUUAUUGCACUCUAGAAUAACAGAGACCUACAAAAACAAUAAUUUACCACCUUACAUACAGUUCCGUACAUUUUACGUAACACCAUCAUGGAAUGGUCAAGAAUCAUCAUCCAAAGUGGAAGACACUGUAAAAAAUAUUAAGGAACAAAAAGAGCUUAAAGCUAAAGGACAGGCAUCUGUUACACAGAGUACAGAGAAAGCAGUAAUAGAAAAGAAGCCAUCGAUGUGGCAGAGGGUCAAAGCAGAAGUUUUACAUUAUUAUCAUGGAUUCAGACUAUUAGGUCUUGACAUGAAAAUUUCAGCAAAAUUGUUAUGGAGAAUAUUAAAAGGCAAAGAACUUAGUAGGAGAGAACAUAGACUUCUUAUCAAAACAACUGGAGAUAUGUUCAGACUUAUUCCCUUUUCUGUUUUUAUCAUUGUACCCUUCAUGGAAUUUCUGCUCCCAAUUUUUAUCAAGUUUUUCCCUGGUAUGCUACCAUCUACCUUCCAGACAGCAACAGACAAAGAGGACAAGCUAAAACAAGCAUUGAAGGUUAAAAUUGAGAUGGCAAAAUUUCUGCAAAAGACAUUGGACGACAUGGCAGUACAGUCAUCUGACUGUAAAUCAAAGAAAGCCAAAGAAUUUGCGGAAUUUUUUUAUAAAGUUCGAUCUUCUGGUGCCUCAGCCACCAACGAAGAAAUCAUGCAGUUUAGCAAACUUUUCGAAGAUGAAAUCACAUUAGACUCUCUUACUCGACCACAGUUAGUCGCACUAUGUAGGGUACUGGAUGUACAAACACUUGGAACGUCUAACUUUUUACGAUUUUUACUUAGAAUGAGACUUAGGAGUCUCACAGCAGAUGAUCAACUAAUUGAAAAGGAAGGUAUAGAUUCACUUACUAGAAGUGAAUUACAACAAGCCUGUAGAGCUCGCGGAAUGCGAGCAUAUGGAUUACCGGAUAGUAAAUUAAAGGAACAAUUAUCUCUGUGGCUAGACUUAAGUUUAAACAAGAAAGUUCCACCCACAUUGUUGCUCCUUUCGCGAGCGCUCAUGAUUCCAGAGACAGUACCCAUGUCCGACAAAUUGAAAGCUACCAUCUCUGCCCUUCCCGACACUGUCGUUGCACGUACUCAAGGUGCGAUAGGGGAGAAAGAGGGUAAAAUGGACCACAAGACGAAUAUCGAAAUUAUUAAAAUGGAGGAGAGGAAAAUCGAGGAAGAACGACAGGAGAAAGAGCCGCAAAUCUCUCUUUCCUCCCAAGGUCAGAAAUAUGAUGAAAUUACGAAUUCAGAUGUAAAAGUGUUAGAGCAGGCAUUGGAUAGUCUUGGAAAGGAUAAGAAAAUGUCUGUUGAGAAAGAAGAAUUGAAAGAACUCAAAGAAGAAAUGGCCGAGUAUCAGGAAGAUCUUAAAGAGCUCGAUGAAAUUAAAGCUGCUGCUAAAGGUCAAAAAGAUAUAGAGAAUAUUAAAGUAUCCAAAGGUGCUACGCGAUUGUUUAACAAAGUAAACAAAAUGAUAAACAAAAUGGAUGCUGUCUUGGCGCAACUUGAAUGCGAGAAGCAAAUGAAAGAGUCGCAAAAGACGGAUAGCGUUAAAGAAACUGCAAGCUCGGAAACUGCGGCAGAAUUAGUUAAGAUAGAAGAAUUAAUAUCAGCCAUUAAAAAAAUUCAAAAUGUACCUGAUCAACAUCGAUUGCAACGCAUAGCUGAAAUUCUGGCGAAAAUCGACAACGACAGAGAUGGAUCUAUAAAAAUCGAAGAUGUCUUAAAGGUGUUGGAAUUAAUUGGUAAAGAAGACAUAAAACUAAGCAAGAAACAAGUAGAUGAGUUGCUUGACUUAAUUAAUAAGGAAGUAAUUUUGGAAGAAAAAUCACAAAAGGAAGCAUGUGAAAAUCUGAAAGAUGGAAAUUGUACAGAAACAAAAUAUGUAUCACCUAAAUCAUCAGUUCCUGCUACACCGGUGACGACGGAAAAAUGCUAUGGUAAAGAAGAAUUAGAGGAAGAUGUUGAAGACACAAAAAAGUGUUAUGAUGCACACUCGGAAAAAGAAUCCGAACAAGAACAAAAGAAAUCAGCUGCAGUCCUUAAAAGUAACCCCAGUUCUAACUCUGUCAGAAAUCCCCCGAUAGCAGCGGGCGUUCCGUCAUCGACGAAAAAGGCAGAAGGUUCGAACCAGCUAUGAUUCCCGCACAAAAAAGAAUAUUCUUAAUGUAAUUGUCAAUACAAGAUUUUUACUGGGUACUGAUCUAGACAAAUAUUACGUUUUUAUCGCUAGAGAAUAUGUUUCUACCUCUAUGAUAACAUGAUAUUAUUGUAAACUUAUUUCUCUUUUUUUGCAAAGAAUUCGUAUAAGCAAAAGAUAUUUCGAUAAUUAUAAUAGUUUUACGUACAUAGUAAGGUACUUUACAAUAAAUGCCGCUGUUGCAUACAUAACUUUAGCCAUUCGAUUAAAGACGUGAAAAAUGUUAAUAUAAUUUUUGUAUUUAUGACAAACAGAUUCUGAAUUUUGAAGACUGUGAUGCAUUUAAUGGCAUCGAUGUAUUAUUUGUUCUAUGAAUGGCAAGGCAAUAUGUGCUGGACACAAAAAAGUAACAAUAUUUUGCUUGUAAAUCUUCAAUUAAUGUAAAAACGUCUUUUUUAAAUUGUACGUGACAAUAUUAUCGCUACUAAUAUUGAUGAUUAGUAGUCAAACAUAACAAAAAUGUUUUGAUUUCAAUGAAACCUAAUUCCAAAAUAUUGUAAUACAAUAAGGGAUCAUUCCAUCUAUUCAAGUAUUGAUUGCUAUUACGGGAUUGUAGCACAUCACUUACCUUUCACUUUAUAGCAGAAAACAUGCACCUCUGUGACUAAAGCUAAAACAAUUGACAAAUGUACAUUUAUAAAUAAUGUAAUUAAUUGGAACUAUAUAACAAAAAAA